AUACAAACAGAGGAAGUAGUUGAAAUAAAAGUAGUGAGGAAAAAGGUGAUAAUUGAAAAAAAGACGCCUUUUUAUAUUUUUUUAUGUAGAAAUCAACCAUUGAUCUAAAAAUAAUUGAUUAUUCUGAGACAAAACACAAGUCCGAUUGAUUAAAGAGAAAGAUAAUUCUUUCAGAGUUGAAAGACUCGAAAUCCUACUGACAGAAAUAUAUACGUGAUAAUGCAAUUUGCUUCAAACAGAUUUUUUGUCCAAAAAUGAGUACUUUCGCAAAAAAAUGUAAAAUGGAAUCCCAAAGUUCAGAUAUGAUAUCUUCCUACGAUGAAGAUGAAAUAGCCGAGAAGUCUAACACUGAAAUCGAGGGAGAAUAUUUUCUAGUACCCGAUAUUCCUGAAAAUGUCGAAGACAUUCAGAUCGUCGUCGAGGAAGAAACUCCAUCGAUAUCUCAAAUGUGCAGAAUUUGCGCUUCCUUAAACGGCCAUAUGGUUCCAAUUUUUAAAGGGGAUGGACUGCAACACGAUUUAUGUAAAAAAAUAGAUAAACAUCUACCUAUUAAAGUGAGCAAAGAUGACACUUUACCUCUCCAAUUAUGUUAUCACUGUGCCGCUACUUUGCUUGCCUGGGACGAACUUUCUGAUGGUUGUUUAAAAGCCCAGAAUCAACUUUUACUUCUUCAGGAACAACAAAAGCGCUCACAGGUUGAAGUAGAAAAACUUGAGGUUCUGGAAGAAACUGAGAAAGUUGAAGAAAAAGUAGUGGAGGAGAACAACGAACCCAAACAGGUGAAUGUACAAACCGCUGGAGGCUCAGAUACAGAAAGGUCGGAACCGAAUCAUAAACCGAAUGGAUUUAUCUUCGUCGAAUUGGUAGAGGAGCAUGAGGAAACGGGUAAAAAGUCGGGAUCUAAAUCCAAACGGACGCAUUUACUGCACGAGGAUUUCAGUCUGAGUCGACGACUUGAAAUUAAUGAGGUGAGAUUUGUCGUCGAUGGGAGAACUUACUACAAGUGUCCCGAUUGUUCCAAGUGUCUGCGAAGUAUCUACAAUUAUUUCGUCCAUCGGCGAGGUCAUCUUGGCGAGCGACCCUUCACUUGUCACGAGUGUGGAAAGAGUUUUCCCUCUCUCUCCGGCCUCAAUCGACACGUGCGCGAUGUUCAUGUGGGUCUGAAGAAACACAAGUGUGACAUUUGCGGAAGACCCUUUGCCUCGAAAGUUGCCAAGGACGAGCAUCGACUCACACACACCGGGGAGAGGCCUUAUGUCUGUGAAAUCUGCGGCAAGGCCUUCACCCAGAAGGCAUCUCUGCAUGUGCACAAGCAAUUUCACUCGGAGGAUUUGUCCCAUUGGUGUACGAUGUGUGAUCGCGGAUUCAAGAGAAAGCAGGAACUGAAGAAGCACAUUUUGACGCACACCGGGCAAAAGCCGUUUGCCUGUGACUUUUGUGGCAAGUGCUUUCGCAGCCAGGGCUGCAUCAGUCGACACAAGAGGACUCACAGCAAGCUGAAGAUUCACAAUUGCAAUUUGUGUGGCACUGCCUUCGCCCAAGAGCGAUAUCUCAAGAAUCAUCUUCAGACUAAACACAAGGAUUGGGAUUGCCAAUCAUCUUAUUUCAACGAGUUUCUUCAACGUUUAGAAACACUAAACACUUCAAAAAAAAGUUGUCCUACACCAAAAACAUCUUCCGAUUCUAGAGAAGAAUCUUGGACUGAAAAAUUUAUAAGUACAAGACUGAAUCCAAUAAUCUCGAAGACUGAAAAUGAACCAGCAGAAAAGUCGAAACUUGCAAAGAAUCCUCAGAAAGGAAGUAAAAAUUGCGUCGCAGAUCCGCUGGAGUGUGAUGAGUGUGGGAAAAAAUUUCGAUUACAGGAGAGUUUCCGUAUACACGCGCGAAUCCACACCGGUGAAAAGCCCUACACUUGUCAUGUUUGCGGAAAGCAAUUCAGACAGACCGGAAGUCUUUAUUAUCAUCUGAAGCAUGUGCAUGGAGGUGUGAAAAAUCACUCGUGUGAUAUUUGUGGACGAAGUUUUGCCAUGAAAGCCGCCAUGGAAGAUCAUCGAAGAAUUCACACCGGAGAACGUCCCUACGUUUGUGAUUCUUGCGGAAAAACGUUCAAAACUAAGGCUUCACUCUACAUUCACUGCAAAACCCACACCGACGAUUAUCCACAUCAGUGCAGUUUCUGCAAAAAAGGAUUCCGCUGGAGACAACAAAUGCUGGGUCAUCUGACAAUUCAUACUGGUGUGAAAAAUCACAUCUGUGAGAUUUGUGGAAAAGCGUUUGGGGUUAAAAAUGAUCUCACGCGACACAAGAGGAUUCACUCGAAGGAAAAACCCUAUUCUUGUCAACAUUGUGGUCUCAGUUUUGCGCAAAAGAGGUAUCUGAAAAGCCACGAGCGAACGAAACACAGUUGAAACUAGUUUUUAUAAGUGCGGAAACAAAAGAAGGACUAUUUUAGGGUUUUGAGGAUUAUAGUAAGGGGUCAUCGAUACAUUAUGUUACCAAUUUUGGUAGAAAAAAAUACACAAGAAUAAGUGCUUAUAUCAGUUUAAUUCAAACAAAAAAGAAC